AUGGCGGGGAUGGGCGACGGCACCAGCAGGACGCGUCCGUUACCGGAGCCGCUCCGGCUGCCGCUGCCGCCGGCGCGGACCACCUUCGUCGACGGUGGCCGCGCUUCCGGUUCCCCCGUGGCUGCUGCUGCUGCAAGGACGGCGGAGGCGACGGAGACCCCGCGGUACUCCGUCGCCUUCAGCGUGCCGGCGUCACCGUCGGGGCUGCACCUCGGCGCGUGCGCGUCCGUCCGCAGCGUCGCGCCGCCACAGCCGGCGGAGCACCAGCACCAGGACGCGGUGGCGGCGCCGCUGCCGCAGCUGCUGAACCAGGCGCGCGACAGCACGCGCGACCGGCGCUUCGACCACUUCAAGACCUUCUCCGGCCGCCUGGAGCGCCAGCUGUCCAACCUCCGCGGGGUGGCCGUGGACAUCGAGCCCGCCGCCGACGACUCCAACUCCAACAAGAUGAUCUCCGAGGAGGAGACCGACGGCGGCGGCGGCGGCCGCGAGGUCCCCACGGCGGACCGCUACUUCGCCGCGCUGGAGGGGCCCGAGCUGGAGACGCUGAGGCCGACGGAGGUGUCGGCGCUGCCCGAGGACGAGACGUGGCCGUUCCUGCUGCGGUUCCCCAUCAACGCGUUCGGGAUGUGCCUGGGCGUGAGCAGCCAGGCCAUGCUGUGGAAGACGCUGCAGUCGGAGCCGUCGACGGCGUUCCUCCACGUGAGCCCCGCCGUGAACCACGCGCUCUGGUGGGUCUCCGCGUCGCUCAUGUCCCUCGUCUCCUUCAUCUACCUCCUCAAGGUCGUCUUCUACUUCGAGGCGGUGCGGCGCGAGUUCCACCACCCGAUCCGCGUCAAUUUCUUCUUCGCGCCGUGGAUCGCCUGCCUCUUCCUCGUCAAGGGCCUGCCGCACCCGGUGACGGACAUCAACCACGUCGUCUGGUACAUCCUCAUGGCGCCCAUCCUACUUCUCGACCUCAAGAUCUACGGACAGUGGAUGUCCGGUGGCGACCGCCGGCUGUCCAAGGUGGCCACCCCAACCAACCACCUCGCCGUCGUCGGCAACUUCGUCGGCGCGCUGUUGGGCGCCAAGAUGGGGCUCCGUGAGGUGCCCAUCUUCUUCUUCGCCGUCGGGGUGGUGCACUAUCUGGUGCUGUUCGUGACGCUGUACCAGCGGCUGCCCACCAAUGCGCAGCUCCCCAAGGAGCUCCACCCGGUCUUCUUCCUCUUCAUCGCCGCGCCCAGCGUCGCCUCCGUCGGCUGGGCGAGGCUCUGCGGCGAAUUCAACUACGCCGCCAAGAUCCUCUACUUCACCUCCCUCUUCCUCUACAUGUCACUGGUGGUGCGUAUCAACCUGUUCAGGGGCGUCCGCUUCUCGCUGGCGUGGUGGGCGUACACGUUCCCGAUGACGAGCGUGGCCAUCGCGACGGCGGUGUACGCGUCGGCGGUGACCAACGUGCUCACCCGGGCGCUGGCCGUGGGGCUCUCCGGGGUGGCGACCGUCACCGUCGCCGGCGUGCUGGUGACCACCGUGUACCGUGCGUUCGUGCGCAAGGACCUGUUCCCCAACGACGUGUCCAUCGCCGUCACGCAGCGGCCCAAGGCCAAGUUCGGCAAGAUCCUCGCGCACAUCCGUGCCUCCGGCGACGGCGUCAAGGACCUCGUCUUCGCCGCUUCCAGGCACGGCGGCACCUCCGAAUCCGACACCAACAGCGCUAGCGAGUCGCCGUCGCCCAUGGCGCGUAGCCGCCGCAGAGCAGAGCCGUAG